AUGACAGACUGGGAGAAGAAAGCCGCGGCCAAGCGGGCGCAGCGCGACGCCCUCCUGCCGCAAGACCUCGUGCAGUGUGACACCUCCGAGCUAGACGUGUUGGCCUUCCCCGCUCAAAGCGGCAAUCUCUCCCGCCAAGAACUGGAGAUCACGGACUCGCAGAACAUCACUGUACUCCUGGACAGAAUCAAGGACCGGACAUACUCUGCCGAACAAGUUGUCCGGGCGUUUUGCCGUCGGGCCGCAAUUGCACAACAACUGACCAAUUGCCUGGCCGAGGUAUUUUUCGACCGGGCAAUUCUGCACGCCAAGAACCUGGAUGACGAGUAUAUGCGGACAGGAAAACCAAGAGGCGUCCUGCAUGGAUUACCGAUCUCGUUGAAGGAACAGAUUGGGGUGGCUGGUGUUGAGCGGUCGUUUGGAUUCGUCGGGUUCUUAGGCCGCGUUGUCGAGAGAGAUGCGGCCAUCACUGCUCUUCUCGUUGAAGCCGGCGCCGUGCCGUACUGCACGACCAAUGUUGCCCAGCACCUCGGCUUUGGCGCCGCAGUCAACAAUGUGUUUGGCGAAACGACAAACCCGUCAAACCGCACUCUUACGUCAGGCGGCUCGUCCGGUGGCGAAGGCGCGUUGAUCGCCCUUCGAGGUAGUGUGUUGGGUAUCGGGUCUGAUAUUGGGGGAAGUGUACGUAUCCCAGCGGGGUUUAGCGGAAUCUACUCUCUCCGCCCAUCGUACCUCCGCUUCCCAUAUGAGGGGACUUGUAAUUCCCAAGAAGGACAGGAGAGCUUGCGUUCGGUGCUGGGUCCCAUGGCAGCGUCGAUCGAUGGGCUUAAACUCGCAUUCAAGACGGUUCUGGACCUCAAGCCGUGGCGUCUUGAUCCGGCAGUCCUCCGCAUGCCAUGGAACGAGGAACGGUAUCAGCUCUCGGAGCAUGGCGGGGGAAAGAACCUCGUUUUCGGCAUCAUGGUGGACGACGGGUUCGUCCGCGCUGCGCCGCCCUACCACCGCGCUCUCGACCAAGUAUCAUCCGCUCUCAAGGCGGCUGGCCACUCUGUUGUGGAAUACAAAGCCUACGACGCCGGUAUGGGAUACCACCUGUUUGGAGAAGUAUGGACUGCGGACGGCCACAAGGAUCUUUACGAUACCCUCGCGCUGUCCGGUGAGCCGAGGGUUGGUCCGCUGGGAUCCGGCCCUGAAGUCGUCCAAGAGGAGCAAGUGUCAGUAACGAAAUAUUGGGAAAUCCAGUAUCGGAAACAAAGGUUCCUCAAGGCGCAGCUGGACCAUUGGAAUGCGACAGAGGCAGUCACGGGCUCGGGAAGGCCGGUCGAUGCCAUCUUGUGUCCCGUGAGCGCUACGGCGCCUCAGACAUUGCGCGGACGACAGUAUUACGGGUACACGGCUUGGUGUAAUCUCGCCGACUAUCCCAGUGCGGUUGUGCCUGUUACCCGCGUUGAUCAGGCCAAGGAUCCCAAGGUGGCCCGCGAGGCGUACCAUAAUGACCUGGAUCGCGAGCUUUGGGAGAUGUACGAUCCGGAAGUGUACAAGAACGCCCCGAUUGGUGUACAGGUCGUGGGCCAGAAGGACGAGGACGAGGCGGUUAUCCGAAUGGCGGAGAUUGUGGAUGCCGCUCUCAAGGCAAGUAGGGCGUCAUGA